AUGGUUGAACUAACUCCCCACAGACGUGCUACAGGAUGGUUAGAAAAGAACACACCAAAGGCCGCCGCCACCGCCUCCCGCGCCGCCACCAGCACUUUCCUCCAGCGCCUUCGCGCCCUGCCACGGCCGCGCAGCCGGCGCCGGCCCGCGCCGCCGCCUCCGGGCGGCCAAUUUAAUCCCGCGGAGCAGCGGCCGCUGCCGCGGAAGCCCCCCUGGUCGCCGCCGCCGCCCAGCCCUCGUGCGGCCAGCCCAGUCCAGAGCGAGGAAGUAGAAGAGACCCGCGGCUUCCGCGGCGGUUUCUCCUCCUCUCGCUCCUCCUGCUCGCCCGGCGCCCGUUUCUCUCGCUGCCGCUGCCGCCGCCGCCGCUUGUCUCCUCUCCCUCCUCCUCCUCCUUUCCCUCCUCCUCCUGCUCCUCGACGCUCCGCCGCUCGCGGCUGGGGGGUCCGGGGCCGCGUCUCCUCUCCUCCCUCCGCCUCUCCUGUUUCCUCCUUCCUGCUGCCUCUUCUUUUAAAGCGGAUUCUUUGGCCACAAAUAGCAACUCGGCUGCCCCCCUCGGUGCCUCCCUCCCCUUCUUCUCUUCUUCCCCCCAAAAGUGAAGCGCACGCGAGGUAAAGAAACGAAGACCCUGAGAAUUUAAAAUCAUCCAACUAUUUGGUGCCAGAAGCAGGACAAGAACUCAGACAUCAUGAUCCAGUGCCCUCCGUCCCACCAACUAUUCAUCAUCACCUCCACAUUCUGGAUCAAAGAAGCCAGUUUUCCAACUUAUCAGUGAGCAAUACAUGUAGAAUAUUUAAAAACUCCAAAUACUUACAUGAAGGAAAAAUGAAGCAAUAGGACAAGACAUUUUCUUAGUUCCCUUCUAGCUCUAACAUUCUGUGAUAAAUAGCACACAGGAGCUUUGCUAUAGCACACCCCCCUCUAGUGCAUAAUUCAGCAUACGAUGAGUAUGAGUCUGUUUUGGACCCCAUCCAAAGGAGUUAGUUCCUAGAAGUACUUGGAAGAUUUAUUCUCAUUUAUCAUGAGGCAUCCUAACAGGAGACUAAAAAUAAUCAUGAUGACAAUAAUAGUAAUCAUUUGUUACACUUGUAUUAUGUACUAAGCAUCGUGCUACGCAUGUUAUAGUUCACUCGUUUUUGAAAAGGCACAUCAUGACCUUGUGUGGGUUGCAAAUCUAGUGGGUCAUAAACAAUUUCUAAAAUGAAAGAAAAGUAGGAAAAAACACAGUACAUUGUAUGUACUAAGUAUUUAUUUUGUUUUGCAAAACUUCCUUUUUGAUCAUGUGGCUAGUGAUUAAAAGUUUGAAAGCCACUGCCUCAUUUCCAAUCUUAACUGCCUUGCCAGUUAAGUAUUAUUAGCCCCAUUAUGUAAGUGAGGAAACAGGACAAGAGAGGAUAAGUCAUUUGGCCAAGCUGACAUAGUGAGUGGCCAAGCUAGAAUUUUGAACCUAGAUCUGUUUGACUUCAAAUCCAGUAUUUUAACUUCUGUAGUGAUGAUAAAUUAUUAACCAAGGUAUGGAAUAAAUUGUUGCUAAUCAU